AUGCUUAAUACGUCGACGGCGGGUAUUACGAAGAUUAGUUUUAGCUUAGGUAAGGAAAUCGUCGCCCUAAGUAUAAUAAAAAUAGAGAUAUACUUCAGAACGAUAACUUUUUAUAUUUUACUCGUUAAUACCCCAUUUCUCUUAUAUUUAAAAAAUAUAGAUUAA